AUGUUGUUCAAUAUCCACAACGCACUUGCGGUAGCUAGCGUCUUGGUUGCGAGCACCGCGGCAGAUGGCUUCAAGGUCCUUCCACGAGGAGCCGACGGAACCCUCGUCGGCUGCUAUUCUUCGAUUCCUGGAUAUGGCGCAUCGAAGAGUUGGACAUACCAGAGUUCUGGUUGGUGCUUGGAUCGCUGCUAUGGCCAGAGCAAAGCAGCUUUCGCUCUGACAGGAGGCUCCGAUUGUGUUUGCGGUGACACAUUACCACCCGACAGUGACAAGGUUUCAACCGACAAGUGCAGCAAGUCUUGCAGUGGUUGGCCCGAGGACAAGUGUGGUGGCAAUGGUUACUACUCUGUUUACACUACAAACUACGAAGACGAUGUUCCCACAUACUCGGAUUCAUCAAGCUCAACUACGACCACCGGAGGAUCAGGAUCAUCCACAUCGACAACCGAGGCUAGUGUUGCCGUUUCCACUGCAGCAAGCGGACAGACCACAGUGGUGACAGCUCACAGCGAGGCCACACCAACUGCGGAAACGUCUGAUGAGAAGAAGGCCUCAAGCAGCAAGAAUACUGCUGCUAUUGCGGCUGGAGUAGUUGUUGGAGUAGUCGGAUUUGCCGCUCUCUGCGGUGCUGGCUUCUUCUGGUGGCGAUCCAAGAACAACAAGUCUAACGCUGCCAUGGGCGGCCCCACGGGCGGAUAUGGUCGCGACUCUAACCCUCCAUCAAUGUCCGAUUCGCGCUUCGAUGGGGAUUACAUGGCUCAGCGCCGCCAGAGCAAUGGCAGCAUUGAUGAUGACCAUGACUUCUCUCGCCGGAUCUUGCAGGUUACGAACCCCGAUCGCUAA